AUGGCCGGAAGCUACACCGGCCAAUUUGCAGCCGAGCACAUAGCAACCCAUCUCCCCUCCAACCUUCGAUGGGCUAUUGCUGGCCGUUCUGAAUCCAAGCUCCAGACGGUCGUUGCGGACUGUGAAAAGCUGAACCCUGACAGAGUCCAACCAGAGGUUGAGAUCUGCAAUCUGAACGACCGAGACUUGCAAGAACUUGCAAAGAAGACAUUUGUUCUCAUCUCAGCCGUCGGCCCCUAUGGAAAAUAUGGCGAGCAUGCAUUCAAGGCUUGUGCUGAGAAUGGCACCCACUACUUCGACGUUACGGGCGAGGUGCCCUUUGUCGCUAAGAUGAUCUCCAAGUAUGGCAAGGCCGCUCAGGCCAGCGGCGCCUUGAUGUUUCCAGAAGUUGGUCUUGAGUCGGCCCCUCCCGAUCUCAUGACGUGGGCCAUGGCCAAGAUUAUCCGCGACAAGCUCUCUGCCAAAACGGGCGAGGUCACAGUCUCGAUUCACACCCUCGAUGCCGCUCCGUCUGGGGGUACCUUGGCCACAGUCCUCACUCUGCUUGAUAACUUCACAAUGCAAGAAGUCCAGGCAUCCUUCAGGCCCUAUGCCCUCUCCCCCAUCCCCAAUCCAACCACGGCCCCAUCGCGCGAUACCAUUCUCACGAAGAUAUUUGGUGCCCGACAUGUCCCCGAACUUGGCACCGUGACCACCUCCCUCGCUGGCACCACCGAUGCCGCCAUCGUGCAGAGAUCAUGGGUCUCCACACAUCCCUCAACGAGCAAGAAUCCUACGGGCCCAAUUUCUCAUUCAGGAUUCGUGUACACCCGACAGGGGCCAACCAAGGCCGACGGCAAGAAAGACAGGGUCGAGUAUCGGGCGACUGCCAUCCCUGAUGUGAUGCCAAGUCAGACAAGAUUGCUUUCAGUCGUCUUUGGUUCGACGGCAGCAUGUACGAUUUCCCAGUUCGACCCAGCUAAGUCCCCAACUCGGGAGCAACUGCUCGAGCAAAUGCAAGCACACAUCGACAAGGUUCGGCGAGAGCAUCCAGACUGGGACAUCAAACCAGAUACACAGUGGUGGGUUCCUGGGAUUCACUUCUCAGAAGAUAUCAAGGAACAACUCGAUCCUGAGAAGCACGAGAAGUACAAUGUGUGCUUCAAGAGGAUGCAAGAUGCCAAAUUUGAACGGAGCGUCGUGUAUGAAUCUCUGGACGAAGCCAGGACAUGCUUGUCAGAUAAUGAAGGGUUGCUGAAGAGGUUCGACGAGAUGUUCCACGAUCGGGAGGCUCUUGCGUCCAUUCACGAGCACAUGGUGGCACAGCAGGCACAGGAAACCGACCAGUAG